GGACUACGCCAAACUUGUCUCCUCCUAUACAAACUCUUCUUCUCCUUCCACGUUUUAGUUUAUUUCUCUCUCUCACAAACUCUCUCCAUAUACAAUGCUUCCAACAAAUCCUCCGGCCACUGGGGUUGGACUUGGUUACGGCAUCGGCAUCGCGGUGAGCAUCCUCAUUCUCAUCUCCACGAUAAUGCUCGCUUCAUACAUAUGCAUAAGGUUAAAAUCUGCUCCAAGAGACGGAGCCACGAGCGAGGGAGUUCUUGACUCGCCGGCGGCUGAGGUGAAGCUCGGGCUGGACCGGCCUGUUAUAGAGUCAUAUCCAAGGAUAGUGCUUGGAGAGAGCAGAAGAUUACCGAGGCCCAAUAACGGUCCAUGUUCGAUAUGCCUAUGUGAUUACGAAGCUAGAGAUCCGGUUCGGUGUAUACCGGAAUGUAAUCACUGCUUUCAUGCUGAUUGUGUUGAUGAGUGGCUCCGGACAAGUGCCACGUGUCCUCUUUGUAGAAACUCACCGGCUCCGUCUAGGCUUGCCACACCAUUGUCUGAUUUGGUCCCAGUCGCCUUUCAAAUCAGGUGA